AUGCCCUCAUCAUCCUCAACACCUGCCUCGAAAGGCACACUCACCAAAACCAAAAACCUUCCCCCCUCCCAACAACCCGUCGACCCCAGCACCGUCGCAUCAACACAAGACUGGUCCCCCCUCGAAGAAGCCAAACCCCUUGUCCCUAUCAGCCCCCUUAGCACACCCCUCGCGCGCGCAGCGCGGCACGUCCAGCCAUUAGCACUCGCAGCACUCUUCGCAGCGCGAUGGCAUGCGCUAGUGCGUGAUCCUGUCGCGACGUUGGCUGGAGAGUUGUUGCCUGCCGCAGUGGUGCUGCAGACUGCGUGGGUUGUAGUCGGGGUGCCUGUUGCGGGGUCGCAGGGGAAACAACAGGAGAAGGAGAAAGGGGAGAAGGAGAAGGAGAAGGAGGGGGUGAAUACUGCUUUGCUUUCUCUACUCCUCACAACUCUAGUAACCCCCCUCCUCCACCUAAGUCUGAUCCUCUUCGGCGCGCCUUUCCUCACGCACACCUCGCACACUGCUCUCUGCGCCUCUGUCCUCGCCGUGCUCGCACUCUUCCCUCUGUUCUACGUCCGCGGCGUCGAUGGUCCCUCGUGGCGCGCACUGGCCUCGUUUGCGGCGCCCCUGGAUGAGACGUUUGGCGGGCUGGUUGGUACCCUUGUCGGAGGCUGGCUUGGUGCGGUCCCAAUUCCGCUGGAUUGGGAUCCGCCCGCCGCUGCACCGGCGCCGGCGCCGCCCCAGGCGGUCGCGCAGCCCGAAGAAAAGAAAAAGAAGCACAAGAAUUAUCGCGGCUUCGUCGCCGGCGUGUUCUCAGGCAUUGCCAAGUGUCAAGUCGGCCACCCCUUCGACACGCUCAAAGUCCGCCUCCAAACAACCGACACAACCCGCUUCCGCGGCCCCCUGCACUGUCUAACAACCACCCUCCGCAAUGAAGGCAUAACCGGCCUCUACAAAGGCGCGACACCCCCCCUAGUCGGCUGGAUGUUCAUGGACAGCGUGAUGCUCGGCUCGCUUUCCAUGUACCGCCGCAUCGUCAGCGAACGCCUCUUCCCCCACUACCGCGACCCGGACCCUCCCAAGCCGGGACAAGCCAACCCGCACACGUCAGUCCCCCUACCGUGGUACGGCCACGGGAUAGCUGGCAUCAUGGCCGGCGCGACGGUGAGUUUCGUCGCUGCGCCCGUGGAGCAUAUCAAGGCAAGGUUGCAGGUGCAAUACGCUGCAAAGAAGGCAGAUAGACUGUACAGCGGGCCGAUUGAUUGCAUACGAAAGGUGUACAAACAUCAUGGGGUGAGAGGGAUUUACCGGGGACUUUCGGCGACGCUGCUGUUUCGGAGUUUCUUCUUCUUUUGGUGGGGGAGCUAUGAUAUUUUUUCAAGGUGGAUGCGGAAGCAUACGAACCUAAGCGCGCCGGCGAUUAACUUCUGGGCGGGCGGACUGAGCGCGCAGGUGUUUUGGGUUAUGAGCUAUCCCAGUGAUGUGGUGAAGCAGAGGAUCAUGACCGAUCCGUUGGGAGGCGGGCUGAAUGAUGGGGCGAGGAAAUUCCCGAGGUGGAUUGAUGCUGCGAGGGCGGUUUACAGGGAGAGCGGCGCCAUUGGGUACUGGAGGGGGUUUGUGCCGUGCUUUUUGAGGGCGUUCCCGGCGAAUGCCAUGGCGCUGGUGGCGUUUGAGGCGGUUAUGAGGACGUUGCCUGAGUAG